AUGAUGGCGGCGAUGCAGCCUCCGCCGGCGCCACAGGCCACCAGAGUACCAUGCGCUGCAACGAUCCCCAUGCAGCCUCCUGUGCAGCCUCGGUCCAGGACCAGGUCCGUGGGAGGUGUGGCCUGCUGUGCUGCCUUGGCCACAGCGACGGCGGCUAGAAGUUGUCGGAGGAGGCUCCGGAAGAAUCUUUGCUACACCUCUUCGCCCAUGUCUCUUCAGGCUUGUGCGCUGGAACUGCCAGAGCUUACAGCCGACGAGGCGCGGCAGUUGGGCGAGGGGCUUCGUGUUCAGCGGCAGGAGCGAAGCGGCGGUACCGGCCAUGGCUUUGUGGUCGUCGACGUGAAAGCCCCAGCCUCCCUCGUCCUGCAGUGCUUGGAGUCCUUCAAGGACUAUCCCAACAUGAUCCCGGUCGUGCGCAAAGCCGAAGUCCUGUCCCUGGUAGAUGAAACGGGUGGUUGCACGGCGAAGUGCAGCUACAGGAUUUCGAAGUUCUGGCUUGGCAUCCAUGCCCGCCACAGCGUCGACCGGGCAAAGAAUACCUUGAGCUUCGAGUUGGACGAGACGGGGCCCAGGCUGGUUCUACACGAGGCCUCCGGCUACUGGCACGUGCAACCCCAGGGGGCCGAGGAGAGUAGGGUCUGGCUUUGCGUGACGCGCUUGAGGGCGUCGCCCCUAGUGCCAAAGUGCAUCAUCGAUUAUGCCGCCGAUCGUGCUCUCAGGAGAGCCACCUGCUGGCUACAGCCCGUACUCGGGGCUCGAUGGGGACAAAUGAGGCAGUCGAACGCAGAGACGUCGGAUGAGGCUGCUACGCGGGCCGUGGUGCCUUCGACGUUCUGUGCCGCAUGA